AUGGGUUGCGGAUCCAGCAGCGCCGUGGCGGACGAUUCGGAUAUAAAGGCGAUCGAAGUUCCAGAUUCCGAGGACGGAUACCCGAAACCCCAACCACCCAAAUCAAAGAAGAAUGACAUUUUCGUCCUGGAGGAUUAUAAGGAAAUCGACCAAAAUGCUUCCAAAAUUACUAUCAAGGACGAAACAACCUAUGAAGAGCUCGUGACGACGUUGACUAAAGAUCUGAAGACAGAUCUACAGAAACUCCGAGCCAUCUUCUACCUUGUAGGGAGCCUGAAUAUCGAGAGACAACUCUACAAGGGCGUGACCGACCCCAACACGCCCCGCGGUCACAUGAAACUCAUCAAGUUGGGGAAGGGAUGGUACACGGACUUUUUCGCUUUACUUUGCAGGGCUGCUGGUUUGCCAUGUGUGAUAGUCCACGGGAAGGGGAAGAGUGUGAACUAUGAGGUGGGCAACAGGGACGCCAGUGACCUCUACAGCGACUGGAACGCCGUCUACGUGGACGGGGACUGGAGGCUGGUACAUGCGCUGUGGUCCUACACAGGCAUUAUGGGGUAUGAUGCUGGACGCUGGAUGAAGAUAGAAGACCAAGGUCAACAAAAGCGAGAAAAACAAGCAGCAUCGAAAGGGAAACACGUCACUGGAAUUAAAGAGUUUUGGUUCUUGACAGACCCUGACCAGUUUGUGUACUUCUGUCUUGCUGACCGCCAGGAGUGGCAGCUGUUGGUCAAGCCCUGGACAGUUGACAAGUUCAUGGAUGUUCCGUACUUCCGGCAACCUUACUUUACCAGUUCUGACAUGACUCUCACCAGUGUGGACAAGUCUGUUCUCGUUUCUCAAGGAGGUCGAACAGUAAUUGCCUUCGAGCAUGAUGCCGAAUGCAAAUCUGACAUUACUUACGAACUGUUCUUUGACGAAGAACGUUCUGAAGGAACAUUACCGGACAGUGUUAAACUCCCCCGCUGUGUUUUAUUUGAAUCAACGGAAAAAGAAAAGAAACUUAAUUACCGUUUCCAUGUUGUUGGUAUAUAUAAAACGGUUAUAUAUAUCGGAGGAAAAUCAAAGUUACCAAUUGUUGAAUUCAUGAUUGACUGCAAGGAGGUGUCACAAAACAAAAACCUUUUCCCAAUCACUCCUGAUAUCGGUUUCGGUUUUGGACACACUGCUAAAGACUUUGGACUAGAAUCACCUUCUGAGCCCGAGGCAAUUAUUGAGACUGUUAAGAACAAACCAAACGAAUUUCAGUUUAAGCUCAGUGAGGAUCAACAGCUCGAGGCGCAUCUCCGCCAUAAUGACCUUGAACUUGGGAAAUUACGGGAAUGUGUCGAGAAGGAGACAAAAGAUGACAAGGUCAUGUUCAAGGUCACCGUACCGGAAGACGUGGAUAAUGGCGAGUUUGCUCUUCAGAUCUAUGGUCAGGACAGCAAAGGAAAGGUCAAUGUUGUCAACUAUCUCCUGACUAACAAUAAGGGGGAUUUCGGGUCUGAUGACGAGAAGCGAAUUCGGAAACAGCUGAAAGAGGCAUUAAAGCGAGAAGAUGCCGAGGAGUUGGAGAAGGCAAUUGAGGAGUUUGAAGAGGCGAAUCUGUCUGAUGAUGACAACGAUCUGGCCAACGCCAAGAGGAAGCUCAAACGACUGAGAAAAGGAAGUGAUGACCAAGUGGGCCCCGACCAGCUGUUGGCCAACUUAAAGAAAGCCAUGAGCGACAAGAAUCUGGAAGAGUUGGAGAAAGCCAUAGUUGAGUGUGAAGCAAACGGCCUCUCUGACCAUGAAGACGUCAUCAAGGCGAGGAAACUUCUUGUCAGACUUUAUGAAAAGGCGGCAGAGAAGGCGAUGAAGGAAAAUGACGUGAAGGAGGUCGAGCACCUGCUGAAUCGGUCCCGGAGGUCUCCUGUUGCCUCUGAGCUGGACAAGUCCGAGGUGAUGAGGCGAGCAGAGCGCUACCUGUAUCAGCAGAAGAGGCUUCAGAAGUACCUGAGUGUUGUGCUUGAGCUGAAGCCUUCCACUGUGUCGGAGAUCCACCGGUAUAACCACCCCUUGGUGCACAGCCACGAGAGUGUCAUGGCUACCUACAUAUUGCUGGGCGAGCGCAAGGCAGAUCUCCAGAUCUGGCAGCGAGUGCAGACGAUGCUUCGUCUCCCGGGACGACGGGGUAUCAUCAUCCGGAUCAAGAACUUCAACGUUGGUGACCUCAGUACCUGGCGGGCCAAACAGGCCAAGCGGUUGUUGGAUAAAUAUACCGUGGACGGUGUCCGAGUGGUCAGCGCAGGGGCAGCAGCCUUCUACGUGUGGAGCUCUAACAUCGUGGUUGAGGCCUUGACUCCCCCGAAGGAAGAGGAUGAAGAUGAUUAUGAUGAUUACGAAUGAUGAAAGCAACAACAAAAUAUAUUAGGUCGACACUGAUAUUAAACAUGCAGGCAACUGUACAUCAGCUGGGUUCGAACAGCGUCACAAUGUAAUGGCUACCACAGUUCACGAAAUCAGUUUGUAUGUAGCUGUAUACUCCUCGGGGACCUGAAAGAGGUGAAAUGGGGUUUAAAGUACCUUUAA